AAAAUGUUUAAAUUUCUUUUCCGUUAUCGAAUCUCUUUUAUGAAUAACAAGGUCGAGUACUCAAGGUAAGGAAACAGACCAUUAGAAAAGUGCCACGUCAGCUUAUUUCGUUCUUCACUUUUAGCUUCUGAAAAGUACUUUACCUGAACUAAAACGACGGUGACAGACUGACUCCAGUAGCUGCUAACAGUCGAUUUUUAAAAUAUUAUAUUUAUUUGCAGGAAAAAAAAAAAGUGAAGGAAGAAGAAGAAGUUGGAGAAGCCAAGAGCAAAUCUAAUUCUCUGACUACUCUCAUUUUCAUGUCGGAGACUUGCCGAAAUCUAAAGAAUUUCUUCAACGGAGACUGAAAAGCUUUCUCUUUUCUUCUUUCGUUAUCUUCGUUUUAGUGUUUUCCCCUUUGCUUACAUUUGAAGAAAUCGAGAGCAAGCGAUAGAAAGUGAGAGAGAGAGAUGUAUGUGGUGACGCCUCCUCAAAGAUCCGGUUUUGGAUCCGAUUGUGAUUUACGGGUUUACCAAACAUGGAAAGGAAGCAAUAUAUUUUGUCUUCAAGGAAGGUUUAUCUUCGGGCCGGAUGUAAGAUCACUUGGUCUGACCAUAAGUCUUAUUGUGGCACCUGUUACAAUUUUCUGCAUCUUCGUCGCUAGCAAACUAAUGGAUGACUUCUCUGAUAGUUGGGGAGUCUCAAUAAUCCUUGUUGCUGUUGUCUUCACCAUUUAUGAUUUGAUUUUGCUGAUGCUUACAUCCGGAAGAGAUCCAGGGAUUAUCCCAAGAAAUUCUCAUCCUCCAGAACCAGAAGUUGUUGAUGGCAACACGGGCUCGGGAACAAGCCAAACUCCAAGAUUGCCUCGUGUUAAAGAAGUGGAAGUUAAUGGAAAAGUAUUCAAGGUCAAGUACUGUGAUACUUGCAUGCUCUAUAGACCGCCUCGCUGCUCACAUUGUUCGAUUUGCAACAACUGUGUAGAAAGGUUUGACCAUCACUGUCCUUGGGUUGGUCAAUGUAUUGCUCAAAGAAACUAUCGAUUCUUCUUCAUGUUUGUCUUCUCCACGACUCUUCUCUGUGUAUAUGUGUUCGCCUUUUGUUGUGUCUACAUAAAGAAGAUCAAAGAGUCCGAAGAUAUAAGUAUCUUGAAAGCAAUGCUCAAAACUCCAGCUUCCAUUGCUCUGAUACUCUACACAUUCAUAUCUACAUUCUUCGUUGGAGGCUUAACAUGUUUCCAUCUCUAUCUCAUCAGCACAAAUCAGACUACAUAUGAGAAUUUCAGAUACAGUUAUGAUCGGCAUAGCAACCCACAUAACAAAGGAGUGGUUGAUAACUUCAAAGAAAUCUUUUUUUCUCCAAUACCUCCUUCAAAGAACAACUUCAGGGCUAUGGUACCAAGGGAAAAUCCAAUGCCGUCGAGAUCAGUUGUUGGCGGUUUUAUGAGUCCAAACAUGGGAAAGGCCAAUGAUGAUAUUGAAAUGGGGAGGAAGGGUGUUUGGGCAAUGGCUGAACAUGGUGAUGGCAAAGAUGGCAAUAACAAUGAACGGUUUCAUGUUAACGACAAUGAGUUAAACGAGUUAUCACCAGACAUGGGGAACAUAGUGAAUGGUGAUGAGCAAAUCAAUAGGCCAAACAAUCACCCGAGGAACGCAAACUGGGAAAUGUCACCAGAAGUUAUGGCCUUAUCAGCAAGAAGAGCUUAGAAGCAGGUUAAGAGAAAAUUGAAAGGUGUUUUAAAUGUUUGAUGUAUUGAUGUGUUGUGUGUUUACACGGGAAUCAAUUGUGAAUUGGUGUGAUAUUUUCAGAUGUUAUGAGUAUUUUUAGUUGUUCUUCAGACAUUUAAAUCGUAAAUCAUUGUGUGUUAGUGUAAUCUAUGACUUAUCUUUCACAGAAUGAGAAAACAAAAUGAAUACCGACGAUUUUCAUACUGUACUUUGCAUAUGAUAAAAAUUGCAGAAACUGAAUUUU